AUGUCACAUUUAUUUCGUCAUCUAAAGGCAACUAGUUGUUCGAGAAGUGUUGUUUCUGCUAUGCCACUUCGAGCCAAGAUCUUACAGCCAGAGUUUCGUGCCUUUGCCAAUAGAACCAUGGCCACUGCUGGACCAUCUCCAUCUAGUGAGGAUGAGGUCAAGUUCACUUCAACCGGGUCCGUUCGAUCCAUUAUUUUGAACAGACCUAAAAAGUUGAAUUCUCUGAAUCACAACAUGGUUGAAUUGAUUGUUCCUAGAUUGUUGGAAUGGUCGAAAUCUGACCAAGCCAAAAUUAUUAUCCUUAAAGGUGAAGGUGAGAAGUCCCUUUGUGCUGGUGGAGAUGUCGCUGCUUUAGCAGCUGGUAUCAAUGAGAAAGGACAGCAAGGUUCUAUCGAGGCUGCUCAAUAUUUCCACGAUGAAUAUCAAUUAGAUCACUUAAUUGCCACUUAUCCCAAGCCAUUUGUUGCUCUUCAAGAUGGUAUCACCAUGGGUGGUGGUGUGGGAUUGAGUAUCCAUGCUCCUUUUAGAGUUGCAACUGAAAAGACAUUGUUUGCUAUGCCCGAAACUAAUAUCGGUUUCUUCCCUGAUGUCGGUGCUACUUUCUUUUUGCCACGCUUGCUCGAUGGCCAACUGGGUGUUUAUCUCGGUCUUACUUCGGCUAGACUCAAGGGUUACGACGCCUUUUAUGCUGGAAUUGCUACACAUUACGUCCCAUCUAACCGUAUCCCUGAUCUCGAGGCUCGUCUUAGUGAAUUGUCUACUUCUUCAUCUGCUAUUGCUAACACUGAAGAUCUGUAUCAAGUCAUUAACACUACUAUCAAUGACUUUACUGAGACUGUUGACAACUACAAGUUCCCUAUUACUCCUGACCAAAUCAAGCUUAUAAAUUCCGCCUUUGCCAAGGAGACUGUCGAAGAUAUUAUUGCUGCUCUUGAAGCUGAUGGAUCUGAGUUUGCUUUAGCAACCAAGAAGACCAUUUUAGAGCGCUCUCCUACUGCUGUCAAGGUAGCUCUUGCUGCAAUUCGUCGCGGUGCUAGUAUGGAUAUCCGUACGACUCUCAACGAGGAAUUUUUUCUUUCUGAGCAAUUCUCCCACUCACCUGACUUUGUUGAAGGAGUUACUGCUCUGUUGAUUGAGAAGCGCAAGGCCAAUUGGAAUCCUCCUACUGUCGACCAAGUGACCAGUGAUGUUGUCAAUAGCUUCUUUGAGCAUCGUUCCGACUCAACUUCUCCUUCUGGUAUCAAGUUCUUCACAGAAGACUCAUACUCCGAGUAUCCUCACCAAUUUGGACUGCCAUCCACUGCUCAGGUUCAAGCCUUUGUUACCGGAGAGUCAAGCACUCGUGACUUCAAGGCCACUCGCGAAGAGAUUGUUAGCCACUUUGUCGACGCCACAAACGGUAAAUACGGCGUAGAGCAAAAAGUGAAUGCUAUUCUAGACGCCAAUACUAAACCUGACCCCGAGCACCCAACUCUCCUCGAUUGGGUUUACUAA